ACUGCAAUCCGACGCCGCCAGGCAGCAUUCGAGGGUGUAGUCGAGAGGUCUGAGCUGGCAUUACUCGCACCUCGUCCAGCCAAUGACCUGCAUCCCUCGUCCAAUCGCGCUCAUUCACACGCUCGUCGCCAUUUCACACAAUCUGGCGCUUUCUGCUGCAUGGAUCGUAACUGGGACGGCGGGAAACCACGUCGAACUAGGCACUUCGAGACGAGGAGUCUGAUGACGACGGCCACUUUCGAAGCUGGUCGUCGUCAUAACCACGAAAAGGCGCCUCAUUGCGUGUGA